AUGGACGGGGACGCGCCACCCAGCGCGCAGGCGACCGAGACGCCCCCACUGAAGAAGCGUGCGCCCAAAAAAACAGCCGUGGCAAAACCCAAGGCAAAGGAGCCCAAGGCAGCAGCAGCCGAUAGCCUACGUGCAGCGACAGCCGACGCGCCACGCACCCCCAACGAAGGCGAGACCGUCAUCCUGGAUCCACUGCAUGCGUCGGCCGAGCCCAAACCAGUGGCUUCGUCCGAGAGCCCCGCCAAGAAGAAAAGGAAAAAGGCAGCAAAGAGCGUCAAGGCAGGGAAACCCGUGCCGUUGACGCCAGCGGCGGCGGAGGCCAAGUCGGUCGACCCUGCGGCGUCGUCAAGCGUUGAAUCCCUCGCGUCCGAGAACCCAAGCUCCGAAAAAGCAGCAGACAGUGUUCCGUUGCCAUCCACGACCGAACUUGCAACCAGAACCAGCCCAGACGAGUCGCUGCCCGACGUCGUCGCCGGCCCGUACCUCGCCGUCGAUCUCCUGGACGGCAGCGCACGCGUGCUCGAAAGCAGCGGCCCCGUGCGCAUCUUUGUCGAAGGACUGACCACUGGCAUGUUUCUCCCACUUCGACGUUCCCACGGGCACCGCUUCGAGGCCAACGACGAUCUGGCCCGGCUUUUACCCCGUGAUGACAACGACGACGAGACGAACGACAAACACGAGAGUGCCGAUCCCCAUGCGCUCUUCGAGACGGCAGUUGCGAAUUUGAAGGCGGCGGAGCAGAUCAUUUAUGUACUUGUGCAAGGGCUCCUUGGCGGUGCAGGUCUCUGGUACGUUGUGAGCGCCCACGAUGUUGCUGCCAUAUGCGCACUUGGCACGACCGUCAACGAAGCCCGGCGCCUCUUCUUCGUCGCCUCCAGAUAUCCUUUGGACGAGAUGGGCUCUACUUUAUAUGACUCGUUUGUGAAGGGUGCCUUGACAGUCCACUCUACUGUGAGCUUGAUCGGGGCGAUGCAGAAAGGGUCUGCCUUCUUGGCCGAGGCGCCGCGCUUCUCGUGGAGCUGGCGUGUGCUUUUGCUUGGCGGUAUCCUCGUCUGCUACAGCCUCGCGAUGGCACUCGUCGUGGCAGCAUCACCUCUUAUCGCGCAAGUCUCCGUCGCGGUGAAUGCGACCUGGUGCUCCAGGGGCGCCGACGUGAGCUUGCAUGGACGACUCGUGGCCUGGAAGGAUAUUGCAAUGGCGUAUGUGGCGUGUAUUCUCUCUGCGUGGCUCUUUACUUGCCUGGAGUUUGCAGUUGCCAGGGUGCAUGAGCGCCGGAGGCUCGAGCGGGCGCAUGUACUGCAGCUCCAAGCCAAAGAGGCCACGUAUGCACCCAAAAUGGGUUUCAUUGUCGAACGUAGUGCGUAGCAUUCAGGAGCUCACGGGCGGCAACAUGGACGGACUCUCGGACCUGGAACUUGCUCGUCUCCUUGGUCUUCAUCGAACCCAAAUCGAAAACAUCCAACAAAUGCUUGCCAUCCGAGCGUCGUAGCCGCUUCCAACGUACACUGCUUAAAUGGUUAACUCGCCUUCUUGUC